AUGUCGAAAAGACCCGCAGAUGAUAAUGCCAGCCAAGAGAGCAAAAGGAAAAGAUAUAGCGGUUCUACCGACGAAAAUGUGGCACCAAACAUCAGAAUACCUGGUCCUAUCCCAGCCAUGUUUGGAUUGACGCCUUGGCUUCCUUCAGAUAUACCUUCAAGUCUGCCUUGUAUUCCGAAGAUUUUAGACCCGGAGCUUGAAGCGACGGUUUUCCUGCAUCCAGGUCUGAGUGACCCUCUCCGCGGCUAUGAACGUCUCGAAUGGCUAGGUGAUGCCUACUUGGAAUUGAUUGCAUCUAGCUUGAUCUACCAGACAUUCACCUCUACUCCUGUUGGAAGAUGUUCUCAGCUGAGAGAAAUACUGAUCCGAAACAAAACCCUGGCACAGUACUUUCGCGAGUACGGCUUAGAAUCCAAGGCUCAGCUACCAGGUGACUUGAAGAAGGACAUUUCACGCGGUCGCGGAAGUUCGAGUGACAAGGAUAUUAUCAAGACCCAAGCCGACAUGUUUGAGGCAUACGUUGCCGCCGCUAUUAUUUCUGACCCUGAGAAUGGCAUGGCCAACACAGCAUCUUGGCUCAAAUCGCUUUGGGCCAGGACCAUCAAGGACCAAAUUGUGGCCAACGACAGAAAACGCAAGCUGGCUACUCAACCCAAUUCCACAGAGCAGGGGAGCACCAAAGACAUGGCAUCUCACAGCAAUCUAAGCGCCAAAGAGAAGCUGCGUAUAGAGAUUGGAGUUAAAGGCGUUCUCGUUCGGUACGAGGACAUGCCCAGAAUGGGCAGAGAUAGGGACCUUGGCUUGCCUCUCUACACAGUCGGUGCGUAUUUGGAUGGGUGGGGUGAAAGAAACAAGCUCCUCGGCACGGGGACGGCUCUUGGGAAAAAAGAAGCGGCACAGAAAGCAGCGCAACAGGCGCUGGAAAAUAAGAAGCUCCUCAAACCGUACGUGGCAAAGAAGGCUGCGUUUAUGGAGGCCAUGGAGGCCACCAAGGCUUCUGAAGAAGCGGACACAAUGUCUUGA